AUAUUAAGUCAGCAUACCUUUAUGGCUUUAUGUUCAUGGUCGGUGUGACGAAGAAAAUAAUAUGAAGGAGAUACUAGAAUACUAGAUAGUAAGACCGUUUUAAAAUUAUCGAUCUGUCAGAUUUUCAGCCUUAACACUAGACAUGUACGUGUUUUGUUCCCAAUAUAAGGAGACUAUAAUAUUUUUUAACCAAAACAAAUUUCUCUGAUAGUAAGUUAUAGUUUUGACUUGUGUGAUCUGAAGCAAAAAAAUAAAUAAAAAUAUAAAGAUGCUUGAUUCUAAUCAUACUAUUAAAAAGCCAACGAUUUUUGACUUACAACAUUUACACCAUAUUAUACCAAGGAAUUAUCUAUCUCAGUGCUAUCUUGUUUAGGCCGUGAAAAAACAAUCAAUAAGAAGUUAAAUUUGUUAUUAAAAAUGAUGAAAAAUUUGAAAAACGUGGCGUCACAAAAUUUGUUAUUGCCCAGCCGACUGAUAAAACCAACUAAGAAACAAAGCAAGAUAGAAGAAAACGACUGGUUAUUAGUAGCUACAAAUUGGUAUUUUUGGAUUUAUACAUGGACAUUAAUGGUAGUUGCAAUUAUUGGCUUAGGCGCAACCAUAAUGUUAAUGGUCGUCUUACGAUUCACUACUAGAAUGGAGAGUAUAGAAUUUUUAACUGACAGCGAUCUGACCAAACUUAUGGGCAAUAUAGAUUUAGACGAUAUAUAUAAAGUAGAUGGCAUUAUGGAAGGGUUUAAAGACAUACCAUUAGAAAUAUUGAGUGAAAAUGACAAUAUACUUAUACAUGUUGUCAACCCAGAAGAUAAAAGUUUAGAAUCAGCAAUCGAACUUGGGUUUACAAAGACACAAGUAAAAAACAUUAAUUCAUUCACAGUAGGAGAUCCAGAAAAUCCUAUUUUUACCACAUCAUUUCCAAACUUUGGACUUCCAGAAGGUGUCCGUCACUUAGAUGUGGCCACAGUAUAUACCAAUCGGAUAGUAAGUCCAAUAAAUGAAACUCUAACAUUGAAAUCUUCAAAUUAUACUCGGCUGAAAGGUAAUGAAGGAACUGUCAUUGAUGGAUCUAAAAUAAAAUGGUCAGCGGAAGGAGAUAUAUUUCUCAGAUCAGUAAAUGGUACAGUAGUACUGAGUUCUGCAGGCAUUUAUUUGGAUGUACAAAAUUUACCAGUAGUGUUGUCAAACAAAUUUGCUGCUCAUCAAUUUAAACUAUGCAUUUGUAUGCCGAGCGGAAUGGUAUUCAGAGUCCCUGUAUCCACAAGCUACAAUUCUCACAUGGCUUGUAGUAUGAUUGAUCUUGGAGAGAGCAAUCAUCCAUGCAAAUAAAAUGUUUAUUCUGGUAUAAUAUCUAUUAUACACCAUAGAUGGAAUCAAUCAAGCCAUCAAGUAUACUUAAAAAGUGUAUUAUAAAAAA